AUGUCGGCAACAGAGCUCGCUGAGGACGUCGGUGGUUGGUGUGCUAUAGAGGAGGACUUCUGUGAACAAGGCGUGCAGCACUUGGAUAUGAAAAAGGCCCCUGCAGAUGCUAAAGCUCUUGCGCAGGAGCUGCAGAAGGUUGUGAAGGGGACCUACAUGCCCGCUGGAGAGUCUGACUGCGAGCCGAAGGUCAUUGUGAUUGCCAACGCUGAAGACUGCGAGCCUGCAGACGCCUGCCUGAAGGCGUUGGCAAUCCUCGAAGAUGCGGAUGGUGAGAAGCUCUGGGAGAAGGUGGAUUGCAAAGAUGAGGACUUUAGCGAGAAGACGCUCUUCUACAGCGUAUGUGAGGAUGAGGAGGAUGUGGAUGAGGAGGACGAGUAUGCUGACAAGCACAAGAAAGCCACUCAGAUCAUGGCAAAGAAGCUGACCGAUUGCUUUCACUUCAACUUCGAGGAUGGAAUCAUUGUGGCACCACAGGUCACUGCCUCGUUGCCAGAUGAGCCAUGGUGGGACCCUGAGCCGGAGAAGUGGAAACCUGCAGAGGACUUCGCUGCGGAAGGUGUGGAAGAGGUGACUGCGGUCAUUCGGUCUGGCCUUGACCCAGAGGUAGGCGGGGUACGAGCUGGCAUGCAGCUGUCCUUGUCCUGGCAAUGGGUUGUCGGGCACAAGGGCUCCGUGACGUGGAUUCUAGUCUUCGAGGUGGAUGUUUGCAGCCUUGAGAAUGUGCUUCUGUCGUUUGCAGCUGCCAAUCCGGACAUCGGCUACUGCCAGUCAAUGAGUUUCGUUGCCGCCACAUUGCUUCACUACCUGCCGGAGGAGACGGCCUUUUGGACCUUAUCCGGGCUCUUGGAAGAUGUUCUGCCAGAGGGAUACUUUGCCUCACGAAUGGUGGGGUUGCGGACCGACCUCCGCGUCCUGAAUGUGCUCCUACAACAGUACCUGCCAGAACUGGCAGAGCACUUGGAGACGCAAGAAAUCGACCUCUCACCGAUCACGGUGAACUGGUUCCUCUGCCUGUUUCUGAACACACUGCCACCCAAGUGGUCCCAUCGAGUGCUGGACACAGUGCUCUACGAGGGCUCCGUCACCCUCUUCCGCCUAGCCCUGGCAAUUCUGAACCUCAGAAGCUCCGAGCUCCUGAAAUGCACGUCGAUCCCCGACGCGUUCGUUUACCUCCGAUCGCCCUGCGACUGCCGAGGAAUUGCCAAGGCAGCGGAGGGUGCCGAGCUUUGGGAGCUCAUGUUUGCGGAGUGGCUGAACGACCUCUCGGAGCAGAAAUUAAACCGCCUGCGCCGCGAGCAGCGGCGCAAUGUGGAGGCUGAAGAUGCAAAGGCGGCGGCGUCAAAGACGUCGCCGGGCUUCCUGCAGAAGAUGUCGUGCGAGAAGGACUUGUCCAAGGAUCUGUCCGGUCGCGUCGCUGUGGUGACCGGCGCCAGCAGCGGGAUCGGGCGCUGCGUCUCGACGCAGCUCGUCCGACAGCGCUGCACCGUCUAUCUGGCUGGCCGGGACAAAGCAAAGCUCGAACUUGUAGCCAAGGAGCUGGGGGAGCUUGCGCGGGUCUUAUACGUAGAUUUUUCUGACAUGGUCACCGUGAAGGCAGCGGCGAAGGUCCUUCUAGACAAAUUGGAAAAGCUGGACUACCUGGUGAACAACGCCGGGACGUACAACCACCCCCAUGCCUGCACGAAGCAGGGCAUCGAGUGGCACAUGGGAGUGAACCAUUUGGGGGCAGUGCUGUUCACGCGGCUCCUGACACCUCUGCUGAUCAAAUCGGCGCCCAGCCGCGUAGUACUGACCUCCAGUGCCUUGCACUACUCCACGGGUGGUCGUGGCAGAAAGCUAGGUUACAUCGAUUGGAAGGACUGGAACUGGAUCACGCGAACAUACGACCGGGAAAUGGCCAUGACUCAAUCCAUGCUGGCCAACGUGAUGUGGGCCACAACCUUCGCAGAGCGUGAGGGCAAGCAUGGCAUCACUGCCGUCUCCGUUCACCCAGGCUGCGUUUCCACUGGUGCGCAGCGGCACAUGAUUGGUGACGGCUGCUUCGCGGGCUGUUUCAAGUGCUUGCUGAAGUUUGGCAUCCGAAUGAUCGAUGUUUGGCCUGGUUCGCAGUCGACGCUGUAUGCUCUGCUUUCUGAUGAUGUGCCAAAUCAUAACGGGGCCCACUUCGCUCAGGCCUUUUCUCCUGUGCUGCCUUUCGGCGAGCCCGUGUAUGAAACCAAGGAUCAGGAUGCAGGCGGCUGGCCAAUGGCUCAGCCUUCGCCAUUUGCCCGAGCUACCUGGCUUCGAUCUUCAG